AUGACUGCCUUUGUCGAUGCUCCGGUACCUAAAAAUCCGGCACCUAUCCCUAAUGGCGGUGACAUCUUGCGUUUCCCCUCAGCAGAGCUCCCUGAGGUUCUUAGCAACCUGGAUGGAGCGAGGCGCGCUGCCGCUGCAAACGAAACCGAGACUGGGCCUGUUGAAGAUCCCUUCAAGCUCACGCCCAAAUUCGCCUAUACGCCCAAGAAACUCAAGGUGUUUACUAUUGGUGCCGGCUUCUCAGGCCUGUUGAUGGCCCAUAAGUUCCAGCACCGCUUCCCAGAUAUGCGCGACAUUGUCGACCACACAAUCUUUGAAGCCCGCCGCGAUGUUGGUGGAACUUGGCUUGCCAAUGAUUACCCUGGCGUCCAAUGCGACGUCCCUGCGCAUAUAUACGCAUUUCCAUUUGAUCCCAACCCCGAUUGGAGUAGAUUUUACGCCAGCGGUGCAGAUAUUCUGCAGUACAUGAAGCACACAGUCAAGAAGUGGAGCUUGGAUCGCGACCUUCAGCUAAAUACCAAAGUUGUUGGCGCCUGGUGGCAAGAGGAGUUGGGUCAGUGGAAAGUGACCGUCGAGCAUGAGGGCAACCAACGAGAUGAGUACUGUCAUGUGCUCAUCUCUGCCCAAGGAGUUCUUGUCCAUGAAUCAUGGCCAGAUAUCCCUGGUUUGAGGGAGUUCAAGGGACAUCUGACACAUUCAGCUAGCUGGGAUCACAGCUAUGACUACUCCAACAAGAGAAUCGCAGUCAUUGGCAACGGAUCUUCAGGCAUUCAAAUUGUUCCACAGAUGGCCAAACUACCUGGCACAGAUGUAACAAACUUCAUCCGGGGCCCCGCCUGGGUGUACUAUCGAGCCCCGCCCUCGAAGCACCUUGGACGUGAGGAUGACGAUCCCAACCCACGUUACACCGAGGAGGAGAAAAAGCGAUUCCACGAUCCGGAUUACCACCUACAGCAUAGAAAGGGUAUCAUCUCACGUACCAACAAGUCUUUCUAUAUCUUCAUGAAGGGCGAGAACAACCAGGAGGGCAUGAGAGUAGCCGCCCAGCAGAUGGCCUCGAAACUCAACAACGACCCAGUUCUCUGUGAGAAGCUUAUCCCCAAAUGGGAGUUAGGGUGUCGCCGAAUCACCCCCGGCCCUGGAUAUUUAGAGUCUUUCCUUAGGCCCAACUGCCAUUUGACGAACAGUGGCAUCACUAAGGUCACCGAGAAUGCUGUCCACACUGCUGAUGGACAAGUUUAUGAGUGUGACGUCAUUGUUUGUGCUACGGGCUUUGAUGUUUCCCAUCGUCCUCGCUAUCCGAUCGUGGGUAGAAACGGCGUUGAUUUGCAGCAAAAGUGGGCUGAAGACCCAGAGUCCUACAUCUCUGUUGCCGUCCCUGAGAUCCCCAACUAUUUCAUGAUGAUGGGCCCCAACUGUUUAGGUGGCCACGGAUCGCUGGUUGAAUCUCUCAACUGGACUGGUGACUACUUCGUCAAAUGGGUCAGGAAGAUGGCGACCGAAGACAUCCGAUACGUAACUCCAAAGAAGGAGAAGGUGGACGCCUUCAUAAGAUACAGCGACGAAGUCCACAAGACCCUGGUCUGGAGCGGCGGUUGCAAGAGCUGGUACAAGAGAAAUCGAGUCGAUGGGCGCGUGACGGCCUUGUUCGGUGGAAGUGCGCAAUUGUUUAACCGCAUGCUUAGCGAUAUUCGCGGCGAGGAUUUUGAGAUCACGUACAACACGGUGAAUCCUUUCCGGUUCAUGGGGUCCGGGUUUACUGAGUUUGAGAUGGACGAGAAGAGUGAUUUAUCAUGGUAUGUUGAAAAGGCAGAGACACUAGUUAAGUAGGCGGGCAGGACACCUAGAGUAGACCAUAUUGAGACAGC